CAGUCUAGAUGGUAUUUAUAACGUAGUUAGUUUUGUUCUGGACCUUUUAGUUUUUGCCUGUAAGGUUAUUGAGAGUUGAAGUGAAAUUUUAAUCAAUCCGAAAUGAGACCAAAAGCAGAGGACGAGAGUAGUCUAAAUAACGUGGCCUGCGAACGGCUGGUCGCGCCUCAGGCCUCGCCGAUAACAUUCGAGUUAUCAUACAUCAAUAUCGCCAUGUUCGCGUAUUUUCACACGGCUGGGGCUUACGGAAUAUAUCUGGCGUUCACUGAAACUAAAUGGGCAACAAUUUUAUGGGCGAUCAUUCUCCACGAAGCAGGCAUAUUAGGGACCACAGCAGGAUCCCAUCGUCUCUGGGCCCACAGAACCUACAAGGCCAAACUCCCCCUGCAAAUCAUCCUGAUGCUGCUCCAAUGCUUUGCCUGCCAGUACUCAGCAUUCCACUGGGCCAGAGAUCAUAGACUACAUCACAAGUUCAGUGACACGGAUGGGGACCCCCAUAAUGCUACUAGAGGAUUCUUCUUCUCCCAUAUUGGGUGGUUGCUAGUCAAGAAGCAUCCAGAAGCUAAGAAGAGGAUGAGGAUAAUUGAUAUGUCGGAUCUUAAGAAGAAUAAGGUGCUGAUGUUUCAGAAAAAAUAUUCAACCCCGUUCAUCGGAACCAUCUGCUUCGUCUUGCCAACCCUCGUUCCCAUGUACUUCUGGAGUGAAACCUUCGCCUCAGCCUGGCAUCUCAACAUCCUGCGCGUCAUUACCUCCCUCCACUUCACCUUCCUAGUCAACAGCGCCGCGCACGCCUUCGGCAACAAACCUUAUGACAAAAACAUCACUCCUUCACAGGUCAUAUCUGUAUCUUUAGCAACUUUAGGAGAAGGAUACCAUAACUUUCAUCACGUCUUCCCUUGGGACUACAGAGCGGCAGAACUAGGGAACAAUGCUAUAAACUUCACUACGCUUUUCAUAGAUUUUUUCGCCUGGCUUGGGUGGGCGUAUGAAUUGAAAAGUGUUGGAAAUGAUGUGAUAGCCAGGAGGGUGGAGAGGACUGGAGAUGGGACUAAUCUUUGGGGGUGGGGGGACAAGAAUAUGCCAAAAGAACAUGAAGAGAUCGCUAAAGUGUCAAGUAAAGGUCGAUGA